AUGCACCCGUUCUUCGUGUGCAUCCCUGUCUCCUCCCUGCUGCUCUUGACCACUGUACGCAGGACCCUGGGCAUGUGCAGGGACCCCGGGGUGAGGUGGGGGCAGGUGGGGCGGGUUGGGGAUCCCGUGGGGGGAUCCCGGGUGUUUUCCCACGGUUGCACUCCUGCCUGUGCUGACCUGCCCGUGCCCCCAGGGGACCAGGCCAAGAGCAAGGGAGUCUUGCAGCUGAAGACCUACAAGUCUCACCAGUGGUUCGGGGCGUCCGUGAGCAGCUGGGACGGCAACGUUGUGGCCUGCGCCCCCCUGCAGCACUGGAAUGCCUUCAAGGGCAAGGCCCAGGCCACCCAGACACCCGUGGGCACCUGCUUCGUGGCCACCGACGGCCUGAGCCGCUUCGCCGAAUACGCGCCCUGCCGCUGCGACCACAUGGAAGCCACAUACAAGAACAGGAGCUACGUCAACGACAAGCGGUACUGCGAGGUGGGCUUCAGCGCCACCAUCACCCACGCUGGCAGGCUGGUGCUGGGUGCCCCGGGAGGAUACUACUUUGUGGGGCUGAUCUACUCGGUCAAUCUGUCGGCAGUCGUGUCCCAAGUCCCCGGCAGCGCCCUGCUCUGGUCCGUGGCCCCGGAGCAGGUCACGGAGGACAUGUACGAGGAUUAUGAUGACGCCUACAGAGGGUACUCGGUGGCCGUGGGGGAGUUCGACGGGGACCCCGCCACGCCAGAGUAUGUCGUGGGCGUCCCCAACAAGAGAACGACCUUGGGGGUGGUCGAGAUCUUCAGCGCUAGGAAGUCUCUGGCGCUGGUACAGAGCAUCCAGAGUGAGCAGGUGGCGUCGUACUUUGGUCACACGGUGGCUGUUGCUGAUGUAAAUGGCGAUGGGAAGGACGACAUCUUGGUGGGAGCGCCGCUCUACAUGGAGCACCGCUCCGACCGCAAGCUCUAUGAGGUGGGGUGCAUCUACCUGUACCUGCAGCGCCGGGGCCCCCACCCCUACAGACACCCCUGGCAGACCAUGACCGGCACCGAGGUCUACGGCCGCUUCGGCACAGCCAUCGCUCCUGCGGGGGACCUGGACCAGGACGGCUACGUCGACGUGGCGGUGGGGGCUCCGUUCGCCGGGAGCGGCCGUGUGCUCAUCUUCAGAGGGUACAGCGAGGGGCUCCGCACGCCGGCCUCGCAGGUCCUGGAGAGCCCCUUCCCCGGCCAUGCCGCCUUCGGCUUCUCCGUGCGCGGCGCCACCGACAUCGACGCCAACGGGUACCCAGAUGUGCUGGUUGGGGCGUUCGGCGCCAGCAAGGUGGCUGUGUACAGAGCCCAGCCCGUGGUGGUGGCCAGUAGCCAGCUGUUAGUGCCAGAUGUGCUGAACCCUGAGGAGAAGACCUGCACUGCCCACAGGACCCUUGUCAGCUGCUUCCCCAUCCAGCUGUGCGUGGGCAUCAAGGGGAAGAGCCUCCCGGAGAGAAUAAGGCUGGCCGCCGACCUGCAGCUGGACCGGCUGAAGCCCAAGUCGGGGCGAAGGGUCUGGGAGCUGCAGACACACCAGGCGGGCCAGAGACUGGAGCUGCAGCUAUCGAGGGAGGCGCCAUUCACCUGCCAGAAUCUCACAGCCUACCUGCGGGACGAGGCUGAUUUCAAGGACAAGCUGAGCCCCAUCGUCGUGAGCCUGGCACUGACCCUGGCAGCUGGGCCGGGCACCGAGGAGCUGGGACUGGUGCUCUACGGGCAGACGGUGGUUCAGGAGCAGACAAGAAUCGUGCUGGACUGCGGCGAGGACAACGUCUGCAUCCCAAAGCUGCGGCUUGCCGCCCACACGCCCGUGGCCCAGCUGUUCAUCGGGGCCGAGAACGUGGUUCACAUCCUGGCCGACGCCACCAACGCGGGCGAAGGCGCCUUCGAGGCCGAGCUGCGGCUGCAGCUGCCACGCGACGUCCACUAUCAGAAAGCCACCAGCAAUGUCCAGGGGCUGGAGAAGCUGAUCUGUAACCUCAAGAAGGAGAACGAGACAGGUGUGGUGAUCUGCGAGCUGGGGAACCCCAUGAAGAGCGGGACCAAGAUCGCUCUGGAUGUGGCACUCAGCAUCAGUAACCUGGAGGACGCCGGCGACACCAUCGAGUUCCAGCUGCAGCUGUGGAGCAAGAAUAGCCGCAGCCCCCACAGCAACGUGGAGCGGGUGCAGAUCCCCAUCAAGGUCGCCGCGCUGCUGGACCUGCGAGGGAAUUCGCUGCCAGCCACCGUGGUGCUGCCAGUGGCAGGCUGGGAACUGGCGGAGGGCAGCCGCCGGCUGGAGGACCACGGGCCCAGGGUGGAGCACGUCUAUCAGCUGCACAACCAGGGCCCUGGCACCGUGAGCCGAGCAGAGCUGCGGGUGGAGUUCCCGAACCAGUUCCAGGGCGACUUCUUGCUGUACAUGAUGGAGGUCAACACAGAGGGGAGGAUCAACUGCUCCAGCCCCACAGGACUCAACCCUCUGGGGUUGGAGGGCCAGAAACCAACGGCCUCCCCUGGCCACAACAUGAGCUACCAGCUGGUCCACAGGCGGGAGCGACGGGAGGCGGACAAGGCCGAGGCAGGCCCAGCCACUCUCAGGGAGCCCACCCUGGUGAACUGCAGCAGCCAACCCUGUGUGGCCGUGCUGUGCAAGGUGGAGAUGCUGGAGAGGGACCAGCGGGCCAUGGUGACUGUCCACUCCGUCCUGUGGAUGCAGAGCGUCAGGAAGGUGGGAUGCGGCCGGUCAGAAUUUUCCCAGCCACUCGCCCGUUUGCUGACGUGA